GCUGCGCCCGCCACCGCCAGACCAUGGGCGUCCACAAGAAAGAGAAGAGCCGCCGCGAGCGCGAGGGCAAGACCCACGACGGCAUGGGCAAUGUCAAGGUCAAGGGCACAAACUUCUACCGCGAUGCGAAAAAGGUAAAGGUGCUCAAGCGCCUCACCGACGGCAAGGCCGAGCGCAAUGCCCGGGGAGACAUCACCAAGGCGGCCUCGUAUCAGAGCCGCGAGGCGCCUGUCGCCCGCGUCGAGCCCAACCGCAAGUGGUUCAACAAUACGCGCGUGAUAUCGCAAGAGGCCCUCGACAGCUUCCGCUCGGCCGUCGAGGCCCAGGCCUCGGACCCCAGCACAUAUCUGAUGAAGCGCAACAAGCUGCCCAUGAGCCUGAUUGAGACGCCUGGCCAGAUCCCCGGCCUCAAGCAGCACGCUGCCAAGAUCGCCGUCGACAGCCAGCCCUUCUCCGAGACGUUUGGCCCCAAGGCCCAGCGGAAGCGACCCAAGCUCGACUUUAGCUCGAUUGAGGAUCUGGCGGGCCGCACCGGCACCAUGCACGAAUCCUAUCUCGAGCGCCUCGAGCAAGCCAAGCUACUGUCGGGCACGUCGGGCGAGGAGAAGGAAAGCUUCAACGACAACGCCAACGCCAACGGCGAGCUCGCGUCGGCGCGAGAAUUCAUCUUCAUGAAGGGCACGUCCAAGCGCAUCUGGAACGAACUUUACAAGGUCAUCGAUUCCUCCGAUGUCAUCUUGCACGUCCUAGACGCCCGUGACCCCGAAGGCACACGAUGUCGCUCAGUCGAAAAGUACAUUCGCACAGAGGCUCCACAUAAGCACCUUGUCUUUGUCAUCAACAAGGUUGACCUCGUGCCCUCAAAAGUAGCGGCCGCAUGGGUACGGCAUUUAAGUCGCGAAUUUCCAACGCUGGCUUUCCAUGCCUCUAUCAACAACAGCUUUGGCAAGGGCUCCCUCAUUGCCCUCCUCCGGCAAUUCAGCUCGCUCCACAGCGAUCGCAAGCAAAUUUCGGUCGGUAUGGUUGGCUAUCCAAACACUGGCAAGUCAUCCAUCAUCAACACCCUCCGCAAGAAGAAGGUCUGUGUUGUCGCGCCCAUCGCCGGUGAGACAAAGGUCUGGCAAUACAUUACCCUAAUGAAGCGCAUCUACAUGAUCGACUGUCCGGGUAUCGUUCCGCCGAACCAAAACGACACGGAUGAAGAUCUUUUGUUGCGUGGUAGUGUGCGUGUGGAGAACGUCGAAUACCCUGCACAGUACAUUGAAGCAGUCCUGAGGAAGGUACAACCGAAGCAUCUCCAAAGGACUUACGAUAUUAAAGAAAAGGAUUACGAGAAUGAUGCUGUGCGGUUUUUGGAAAUACUGUGCCGAAAGAGUGGCCGUCUCCUCAAGGGAGGUGAAGCCGACAUUGACGGCGCUGCCAAGAUGGUUCUCAACGACUGGAUAAGAGGAAAACUCCCCUGGUUCACUCCACCGCCGUUCACGGAAAGCGAAGAGACCGGUCCUGUCAAUGAGAAGAGAGACGGCAAACUUGGUGAGAUGAGCAAGAAGCGGAAGCGCGAUGGUGAGAGCCAGGCUACGGCAAGUGUGGCGGCCACUACAGACGCAAGUGGCGCAGCUCAAGACCAGAUAGACGACGAUGACGACGAUGACGACGACGAGUUUGGCGGCUUCAGCGAGGACGAUGAUGCUGAAGAAGACGAUGAUGACUCGGAUGACAGUGCUGUUGAGGGUGCCGAGGACGAAGAAAGUGAAGAUGAUGAGGCCGUCGAGGAAGAUCUCGCUGCAAUAUCACAGGCGCUAUCUAAAGCGAAGAAUCGUCAACGGAAAACAUGAUUGCGACCAAAGAAUAGUUUAUGAUUCAAAUGAUACCCCACUAUUUCG